AUGAGCCGAACUAUAUACCCCUCGGUCCGCAGCGAUACUGGCUACACCAUGCAGCAACCAACCGCUCAGGACCAUGGCAAGCCGACCAUCGAGAUGAGCUUAAGAGAACAUCUCCUUGCUGCCGGUGCUGGACAGCCCAGUGCGCCUGCGCCUAUCCAGCAACAGCAACAACAACAACAACAACAACAACAACCUCACGCUGGCGGGCCUCAGCAGCACAUCGACCCUGCCAUUGCCGGCUCGCAGCAUUACAUGAGCCAAGCCGACCCUAGCGACGACGGCGAAGGGCGCAAGGGCCGGAGAGAGCUGUCGACUAGCAAGCGCGCUGCCCAGAAUCGAGCUGCCCAACGCGCCUUCCGUCAGCGUAAAGAAGAGUACAUCAAGCAGCUCAAAGACCAAGUCAAAGAGUUCGAGCAGCUGUGUGAGCUGUACAAAAACCUGCAGACGGAGAACUACCAGCUGCGAGACUACAUCAUCAACCUCCAGUCGCGCCUGCUCGAGACCCAAGGCGAAGUGCCACCUGCGCCGGCGGGCGUCGACCUAUCCAACCGACCGCACAGCGAGAUACCCAGUCUGAACCCGAACAUCCAACAGCAUCAGCAUCAACAGCAGCCUGAGCAGCAGCAAGUACAACAGCAGAGCCCAGGUUCUAGCAACAACGGUGGACUGUCAGAGCGACAGAUUGGUGAACUGCAGAUGGCUGCCCAAGCUGCUGCUGCUGCUCAGAACGGAACCAACGCCGGCAAGCAUUCGGGCCAGUUUGACGCAAACGAGUACUCUUUAGAGAAGCGUCAGAAGACCGAGGAUGCAUCACAAGGUCAGCAGCCUGAGCAGUCACCCCACUACCCCGACCCAAAUGCUUAUUGA